GACGCAACAUUCAUCAUUCACCAAAACUCAUUCACUCUGCUUCUAAUUUCAUUUCCAAUUCCCAAUUCCAAACCCUAAUUUUCUCCAAAUUCCCAAAUCUCCUAUUCAAUGGCACCAAAAGGAGAGAAGAAGCCAGCGGAGAAGAAACCCGCAGAGGAGAAGAAGUCCACCGUAGCAGAGAAGGCUCCCGCUGAGAAGAAGCCAAAGGCAGGAAAGAAGCUUCCAAAGGACGGUGGUUCAGCGGCAGCAGGAGAGAAGAAGAAGAAGAGAAACAAGAAGAGCGUAGAAACAUACAAGAUCUACAUCUUCAAAGUUCUGAAACAAGUUCACCCAGACAUUGGUAUCUCAAGCAAAGCCAUGGGAAUAAUGAACAGUUUCAUCAACGACAUCUUCGAGAAACUCGCACAAGAAUCAUCAAGACUUGCAAGGUACAACAAGAAGCCAACAAUCACUUCUAGGGAAAUUCAAACUGCUGUCAGACUUGUUCUUCCCGGUGAAUUGGCUAAGCAUGCUGUUUCUGAGGGUACAAAAGCUGUGACUAAAUUCACAAGUUCUUAGACUUGUAUUUACUAUUUGAUGGGUUAUGAAGUGAUUCUGAUUAGUGGUUAUUUUAGAUGUUUAAUUCUGUUAGUAUUAGAUUUGAAUUAGCGUGUAAUUUUCUUUUUAAUCAAGUGAAUCCUUCUGUUGUGUAUGAA